CUCAUAUCAAACCAUCCCCGACAGCCAAACGCGCGCGAACCCCUACACGGGUUUUGAGGCAAGCAUGCUGAAACAACCACCACCCGCCUUCAUCACCACAACUAGCUCCCCCGUAAUCAACGUAAUCAACCCCCAAACACCCGCAGUCUCAGCCUGCCCUCCGUGUCGCAAAAGCAAUGGCCGAUCCAGACGCUCAUCCGGCCGCAGUUGGAGGGACCUGCUUAGCCGGUUUGUUGACCUGGUAUUUCCACACUCUCUCCCUCUCUGUUCCUUACCGUCUUAUGUCCAUUGAGCUUGCUCUGCUUUCCUAGUUGUUGUUUCGUGUUCGGAGGUGUUCGUCAUUCUGUUGGCGGUUGAUUCUCAGUCUGUCUUUCUCUUUUAUUUAUUCGUGUCGCUGCCCGUUCCUGCGUGUUGAUCACUGCAACAAAGUGCGUCUGUUGAGCUGGGACUAGCGAUUUGGGGAAGCACGAAGAGGAUUCCGCUCGCCAUCCACUCGAUAUCCUGGUCUGGUUGCCAGUCGACCGACCUUUCCGCGAAGCACUGGGCGAGUCGACCUCGUGGAACCAAACGACGCGCAGGCCGAUUUGCUGACGGGCUGGAUCCUUAUGAGAUAAACACGCUACUUGACAAAAGCGGACGCGGUUGUGGCCUUGCUACACUACACUUAUAUCUCGACAAGUCCAAGCUCCUUACCAAGCUCUCAAAAAUUAUCUGUCGAGGCCCUCGUCAAGCUCCGUGCUCAGUCCCUCCAGUCCAUCACCUGGCACAAUCACGAUGUCUGCUCCUGAUAACUCAAACCGCCGAGCACCUCGCCGUGGUUCUCGCCGGCCAACACACAUCACGACGCUCCGCCAGCGCAUCCACCAACUCUUCAAUGGCCAAUCCGAAGUCGGGGCCACACCAGCGCCUCGCCCUCGCCCUCGCCCUCGAGUGCCCGACAGCCCAAAAACCCCGCGUCUAAUGCUCGACAUCUUCUCCCAGUCUCGAUUCGAUCUCCCCCAUAUUCGGAGCACCUCGACAACAUCCCCAUCGAGGUCGCCGACAUACGUCUCCCCAACAAUGGCGUCUAUCUCGUCUUCGCCCGUCGAGCAUUCACCCGCCAACUACCGCCCCUUAACGCCGAACACCUUCCGCGCACUCCAGUCGAGCACAUCUAUACCGCCACCCCCGCCAACGAGACAGAAUACCACCGAGCGGCUACGCCAAUUCAGUGGUGCGGAUCGUGAGGAGCUUGUCCUUAUAGAGGCAAUUUCACGGCGCGACCCGCGUCGGAAGAAGAAGAAGACCAGGAGGCAGAAGAAGCCAAGGGCUCCCAUACAAUCUAGAGGGUCAUGUUUUGCGGGGGUCACGAACCCUAUUCUGCGCCGGAAGGCGAUGCACUGUACCAUAUCCGGCAUGUUCCUCAUAACUAUAUUCUCACUCUACCUCGGCCUCGCCCUCUCUACCCACUACAUCUCGCAAGAAUUCCAUGUCCUCCUCAUCCUCAUCGCCCUCGGCCCCACAAUCUUCUUCAUCCACUCCUUUGUCCUCCUCCUCCUCCUCCUCCUGAAGCCCCGCCCCGCAGACGGCUUCAUCCCCGGCAUGGAAAGCAUGCACUUCUCACCCCUCGGAUACGCUACCCCCGCUGUGCCCAUCCGCGUCACCCUCGGUCGUGACGAAGAGGUGCUCAUCGGUUCCCGCACCACCCCUAGCGAGGCCAACGUCAGCGCCAACGCGAAAGCCAUAGCGCCUCCGCCGCCGGCUUACGGGUUGUGGAGAGAGAGCGUGCGCGUGGAUCCCGAUCGCCUGUUCUGGGCGCGCAAUGCGGCGGCCCCAAGGCGCGAGAGUCAUGAGCAAAUACCGGAGGACGGGAAGACGCCGAGGAGGCCGCCGAGUUAUGUGAGUGAUGACGGGGUGGAAUAUGUGGUUGAGGCGGCGGGAAGGAGUGUCGCGCCUACGACGGAUGUGCCGCUGCCUGUGCAUCCGAGUGAGAGGGGGAGGGUGGGGGCGCCGUUUGGGGGUGGUGCGGUGGUGCGGAUGUGUAGGUAG